AGAUAUUUAGCUACUAGUCCCAAGCUUUUCCUAGAUAUGGUUAUUUACGAAAAGAAAUAAUAAUAAAAUAAGCUAAGAGGAAAUUCUAAGAAGCUUCAAAGGAAAAGCCCCCACUAACAGAUUACGUAUCUCAUGUUAACAACAAAUUAAUGCGAUAUUCGUGAACGGGGAAUACGCUUUAUCUCCCAUACAACAUUAUCAAAAUUCAUCACCAAAAAAUUUGUACCAAAUGCUCCUAUCACCGUCCAUUUACAUCAACAUGGGACCCUGAUGAUUCAGGUGCCUGGAUCACCGUCCGUGAUUCUCAGCUCAUGGUGGGAUCCACUGCUGACUACCUCGUCUUAAUCAUUAAAAGGGUAGAGAGAGAGAGAGAGAGAGAGAAAUAAUAAUAAUAAAGCAAAAGCAAAAUCGAAACAUUCUCGUCCAUUCCAAAUGAUCCAUUUGUCUCCUACAUAAUCUCUCUCUCCUCAGGUACUGUGAAGAACCAUGGCUCUCGCACUGAGCAAAACGACGACGACGACGACGAUGACUAAAUCCCAAAACGGCGUCGUUGGAGGCAUUGAAGAGCCGUACGCGUUCGAGCGAUUCCACGUUGUUUCCGACGAAUCGGACCACCAUUACGUCAGCACGAACAAACCCAAGAAGGACGGCGGCGCAGAUUGCUUCACCAAUGGCGGUAGUAGGGUUUACAAGAAGAUCAUGCAGGAAUGGAAGAUGUUGGAUAAGCAUCUGCCCGAUUCGAUCUACGUCCGGGUCUACGAGAAGCGGAUCGAUCUGCUCCGGGCCGUGAUCGUCGGAGCCGCCGGCACUCCUUACCACGACGGUCUAUUUUUCUUCGACUUGGCUUUCCCGCCGGAUUACCCCAACCGACCUCCUAUGGUGAACUACAGGUCUUUCGGUCUCCGGCUGAAUCCGAACCUAUACGCUAACGGGCGGGUCUGUCUGAGUCUGCUCAACACGUGGGCUGGAAGGAAAACGGAGAAGUGGAAUCCAUCGGAGUCGACGGUGCUUCAGGUUUUGCUCUCAAUCCAAGCUCUGGUUCUAAAUGAGAAGCCUUAUUUCAACGAACCGGGUCAUGGGAUGCUGGGUCGGGCUAUUUGGGAGAAAAAAUCUCAGGCUUACAACGAAGAUGUCUUCUUUCUUUCAUGCAAAACGAUGCUGUUUUUGCUUCGCAGGCCGUCGAAGAACUUCGAAGAUUUCACCGCCGAGUAUUUCCGUAAUAGAGCGAAUGAGAUACUGACAGCUUGUAGGGCGUACGCGAGUGGGCACGUGAGGGUUGGGUACUACAGAAACGACGGGUCGUCUUCUUCUUCAAUGUCGACGUCCGAUGUGUCGGAAAAAUUCAAGGGGUUGAUGAAGCAGCUGUAUCCGGAACUUGUUGCGGCUUUUAGAAGGACUGGGGCUUCUUUGGGGACUGCUGUCGAACAUUUGGAGGUAGAGAAGAAUACGACGCCGUUUAGGCUCGUAAAGGAAAGGGAAACGAAAGGCGGGAAUGAUAUUGCUAAGAAGGUCAUUGGUAAGAUAAAAAUGGUAUUGGGAUUGAAGAAGAACAACAAGAACAAAGUUGGGAAAAGCCAUCCUCAGGGGCAGUUGAAUUCAACAGAGUGAGAAAGAAGUGGGGAAAGAAAGGGGAGGUAGGACCCAUUUGCCAAUUUAAUUUUUUCUUAAGGGUAAUUUAGGCAAGUAAAGAUUUUUCCAUUUUUUUUUUUUUCAUUUUUGAUAGUUACAGUACAUAAGUUACUCACAAAGCACAUGAUGUUACUCUUUUCUUUUUGAAAAGAAUAGUUCAAGAACACUUUUAUGUCAAUUGGUACAUAAAGAAACUGUUUCACUAAAACUUUUCUCCAAUUUAUUAUUGAUUCCUAUC